GGCGUUCUGCUGCUUUCCAAGCUGCUCGGAUCCUUCCCGCUUCUGCCUCUUCUUCCCGCGCUUGCUUGCAAAAAAAAAAAGAGCGAACAUGAUGAAGAACUACCGGAACACGUCUAGCACCGUCCGCAGUUUUAGCAGCCGGUCCUACACGCCUGGCCCCGUCGCCGGCUCUCGGAUCAGCACCUCUUACUCCUCCUCCUCCUCCGGCUUCGGGGCCGCCGGCGCCGGCGGCAGGUACGGCGCCGCGGGGGCCGGCGGCUACCGCGGAGGUUCGGCGGGGAGCCUGGGGGGCAUCACGGCGGUCAGCGUCAACAAGAGCCUGCUGGCCCCGCUCAACUUGGAGAUCGACCCAGCCCUCCAGCAAGUCCGAGCCAAGGAGAAGGAAGAGAUCAAGAGCCUCAACAACAAGUUUGUCAACUUGAUCGAUAAGGUUCGCUUCCUAGAACAGCAGAACAAGAUGCUGGAAACCAAAUGGAGCCUCUUGCAGAAUCAGAAGACUACACGGAGCAACAUGGACAGUAUGUUUGAGGCCUACAUCAACAACUUACGCCGGCAGCUGGAAAACUUGGGUCAGGAGAGGGCAAGGCUGGAUGCCGAAUUGUCAAAUAUGCAAGGCCUGGUGGAAGACUUCAAGAACAAGUAUGAAGAUGAAAUCAACCAUCGUACUGAAAAGGAGAAUGAGUUUGUCCUUCUGAAGAAGGAUGUGGAUGAGGCUUACAUGAACAAGGUUGAAUUGGAAUCCCGCCUGGAAUGUCUAAUGGACGAGAUCAACUUCCUGAAGCAGCUUUAUGAUGAGGAGCUGCGUGUCAUGCAGUCUCAAAUCAGCGACACCUCUGUGGUGCUGUCCAUCGACAACAACCGCAGCCUGGACUUGGAAGGCAUCAUUGCUGAGGUCAAGGCCCAGUAUGAAGAAGUUGCUAACAGGAGUCGGGCUGAGGCAGAGAGGAUGUACCAGAUCAAGUAUGAAGAGCUCCAGACUGUGGCAGGCAAGCAUGGGGAUGACCUCCGCAGCACCAAGAAUGAAAUCAAUGAACUGAACCGAAUGAUAACCCGCAUACAGUCAGAAAUCGAUGGUUUGAAAGGCCAGCGUGCAAGCUUGGAAGCAGCAAUUACUGAAGCAGAGGAGCGUGGGGAGCUGGCCGUGAAGGAUGCCAACAGCAAGCUGGUCGAAUUGGAGGCUGCCAUGCAGCGAGCCAAACAAGACAUGGCUCGGCAGCUGCGGGAUUAUCAGGAGCUGCUGAACAUCAAGCUGGGCCUGGAUAUAGAGAUCGCCACCUACAGGAAGCUGAUGGAAGGAGAGGAGAUCAGACUGGAAUCUGGAAUGCAGAAUCUCAGCAUUCAGACCAAGACAACUGGUUAUUCAGGUGGCCUGAGCAGCGGCUAUGGUAGUUACGGAGGUGGCUACAGCUCUUCCUACUCGAGCGGUGGGUAUUCCAUGAAUACAUUGCCCAUGGAGAGCUCGGCCGUCAGCAAGACCAAGGCUAUUGUCAUCAAGAAGAUCGAGACCCGCGAUGGAAAGCUGGUGUCUGAAUCCUCCGAUGUGCUGUCAAACUAGCUUGGUGGGGUCUUGAGCCAAUGGAACCACUAUCGGUUUUAAAGUGCCUGAAUCCAAAGAGCCUUACCUAAUUUAGCUAAGAUGAUGAGCCACUUCUUCUUCUUUUUUUUUUCCCCCUAGAAGGAAGGAUUUAUGUUUGUCAGAUACUUGUGGGCUAACAGGUCCCAUCCGCCCUUUUCUGCCCAUGCUGGAUGAGGCUGGUGGGACUGGGGAGUCCGGCUGCAACUGGGAAGUCCGCUGCUGCCUUUUGAACAUCUCAAAACGUUGCCACCGACUUGCAUGAGACGUGAUCAGGGAGGAAAAAAAGCAAGGGGCGCUUGUACCGCCGUUCCCUUUUUCUCAACACCUUGAGGGAAAAGAGACUUGCUUUCCCCAAGGGAUCUCAUGGUUUUGAAAGUAUCCCAUCAAUAGGGGCAGCUGUUGGAAAAAAAGGCAGGAAAACAGCUUUCCCAAGCUAGGGUCAGUGAGCAGUCUUAACUCUUUUAGACCACUAUAUGUAGAGAUGACCUCCUCAGAAUUGCAGUUUGUAGCUUUCACGUUGUUUAAAAGCUGCCCCGUUGUAGUAUUCACCCCUCUUCCUACUUGCAUAUCGUUAGGUCAAAUUUUCAAUCAAAACCAAGGCUUGGAAACAGUUUAUUUUGAAGGAUGGAUUUGGGGAAAAUCUCACCCGAGUCUUAUCACUGGAGACAGCAACUCCUAUCAAUGAUCACACUAGCAAUCUAAAGAUGAUGUGAGUUGUAGUCCCACCCGGUCUGGGAUGAUAGGAAGAGAGGAGGUAAAGUGGGAGCCGAGUUGGGCAGAAGCACAGAGCAAGCUGGUUCUGUGAAGAUUUUUAAGAACUUCAUAUGGUUUUCAUUUUAUUUGAAAUAAAAAGGUUUUCUU